AUGAACUACACACAGCUGGAUCCACUAGAGCCCUUUAAGAUGACCUACGGAAAAGAUGGCCAGUCUGGAAGAUCUCAGCCGCUCAGGAAGAAAAACAGUUCUCUCAAAAGCAAAGGGAUUGAAAGGUGGCAUAGAGCUGUAUCCACCAACUUAGCGAAACAAAACGUACUGAUUCCCAAAGAGGAAUCAUCUAGUGACAGCGACAUGGAGUUUCAAGACAGCCAGCAAAAUAAGAAGAAAAAUGUAAUGAAGAAAGUGAAGACAACUUUGGGGAAGAUGCUUCCAUACAAGUGUAGGAGCAAGCCAGCGAGUGGCGGCAGAGAAGGUUCCAGGAACCUGAAAGAAGUCUUUCUUUCCAACUCACAGGGUCUUCUUCCCAGAAUUGUCAAGGAGCUUCCGUCUCCCACGCUAUUUGCCAAACCAGGAAUGAGAAAGCUCUCACAGAAUGCGGCUAUACAACUUGAUGUAGUGGAAGCGGAGACCGAAGAGGUAACCCGAGGUAGCACACUGCUCCGGGCCAGGAGAACCACAAGGCGGUUGUCUGUGACAUCCCUUCCUCCAGGGCUGCAAAAGGUUCCAUAUUCAACAAAAAAGAGACCACACUUUCCAGCCCUUAAGAAAAAGAAGCGUGGCAUGGAAAACAAGCUCCGAAAAUCAGACUUGACCAUAGGAAAGCUUCAGAUGCAGGUGGACGACCUCAUAGAAACCGUCACCGAUAAAUCCAGGAAGCUACUGGCCCAAAGGCACGCAGAGCUGCAGCAGUGCGAGUGUCUAGGGGAUGAAGUUCUUCAGUCUUCUAAGCAGUUCCAGAGGGUGUCCAAGAGAACCAUGAGGAAGUAUAAGUUGAAAAACGUGUGCUUUCCAUGUACCUGCUGCUGCUUCUGA